AUGAGUGACCGGCGCGGAAUCGUAAUAGCAUCUCAACCAGGAAAUCGAAACGACAGCCGCCGCUGUUUCCAGUUCACGUGGCUUGGACCACGUUACGAUAAUGAAUCCAUAUUUCUCAACGCGACGUGUCAAGACGCUACCAGACUUGCCAGAGGAAUCCCCUGUCAACUUCCACUUGUAGCAUCGUAUGAUGGAACUUGGCCAGAUGUCGAAUAUAUUUGGACUCACCACGCCAGCAACGCGUCUUGUAUACUGGCAGAUAAUGAUGUUUGUGCGAAAUAUACUUACUAUUUCAAUGGUGUUGCGGAAAAUGCAACAUACAUGUGCACUAGAGCUGUAGAUUCAAACAAUACAGCGAUAACAAGCGGCUGCUAUGAAGAAACGAUUGGCAGUUAUUCGACUAGAGUUUGUUUAUGUCGAAGUAUACCGGGCGGUGUUCCUUGCAACUCGGCGAUCACACUCCCAAUUUUCCCCAUGUUAAUACUUAUUUUUACAGCAUUUGUAGUCACAAAUUACCGUUCAACUGUAUUACAGAAAUAAGUGUUAACUUAAAGUUAGUAUGAUUAUUGUAUGGCAAAAAAAACUGUGGAUAUCUGUAAAAAAUAUUUACAAAAUAUAUUGUUUAUUUAUUAUUAAUUGAUUAUGUUACUGUGUCUAAAUAUAAUAAAGCCUAUCAGCCUGUGAUUAAAUCAAA